AUGGCCGGACAAAUCAGUAGGCAGUCUAUACUCUUUCUCUACACCUAUAUGCCUAAUAGUGAUACUAACAACCUCCCCAAACCAGUCCCAGGAAACCUCUACAUCUACAUCCCCAACAAAGGCGCCCCCAUCUUCUUCACCAUCGCCUUUGCCAUCUCAGCAGCUGGUCACAUCUGGCAAUGCUUAAUGAACGGACUACAUCCACUCUGCGGAGUCCUCCUUACAGCCGGCUACGCUAUGCGCGCCUACAACGCACACGGACACUACAUGUACAACACCCCGAACCUCCUCGUCUACAUCCUCAGCCAAGUCUUCAUCUACAUCUGCCCCCCCCUCCUCGAACUGGCAAACUACCACAUCCUCGCCCGCAUCCUCCACUACAUCCCGCAUCUCGCCCCUCUCCGCGCCAGCAGCAUCCUCCCCCUCUUCGGCGGCCUAAUGGCCCUCGUCGAGGCGCUCAACGCCCUCGGCGUCUCCUUCGCCGCUAACCCAACCGGCGCCCGGCAGGACCUGGGCAGAGCGCUGGUCCUGGCCGCGCUCGCGCUGCAGCUGUGCGUGGUCGUCGUGUUUGUGUCGGUAGCGGGUGUUUUCCACUGGCGGUGCGCGGAUGCCGCGAUCUCCCGGCGGUCCGUCCCGACGCUUCUUGCGACGUUGUAUAUAAGCAUGGCGCUGAUUUUGGUGCGCUGUGUGUAUCGGCUUGUGGAACAUGUGGGUGGCACAGCGGUGGAUAUUGAUGACCCCGAGAGUUUGAGGGGGCUGAGUCCGCUGUUGACGGAGGAGUGGUUCUUUUAUGUUUUUGAGGGCGGCAUCAUGCUGUGCAAUUCUGGGCUGUGGAAUGUGGUGAAUCCGGGGCGGUUGCUGCCGAGACAGAGGGGCCUGAGGUUGGAUGUGGAUGGGGUUACUGAGAUUGAGGACGAAGAUAUUGGAAGUGAUACGCCGAUGGUGGUUCGGGGGGUGUAUGCGGUCGUGGAUGUUCUGAGCUUUGGGUUGUUUCGGUUUGUUCGUCGGGGAAAGAGAUGA